AUGACACUCAACCAGACGAUGCGACGGAAGCGUCCGCAGAAAGCUAAAGACCCCAAGUCACCACUACUUGAGGUCUGCCCUCAAAGAAAGGGUGUUUGCUCGCAGAUUUUUAUAAUGAAGCCCAAGAAACCCAACUCGGCGAAGCGGAAGGUCGCGCGUGUCAAGUUGACUACUGGGAAGACUGUCAUGGCAUACAUUCAGGGCGAGGGACAUAAUUUGCAGGAGCAUAGUGUGGUGACAGUCCGCGGCGGACGUGCCCAGGACUUGCCCGGUGUCCGUUAUAAGGUUGUCCGUGGAUCUCUAGAUUUCGGAGGAGUAGUCAACCGUAUGACUGGACGGAGUAGAUAUGGAGGUGAGAAAUAG